AAAGUUAAAAAAAAGUCCCACAGAAAUGAGAAGGGUCACUCCCUUUCUUCAACAUCUUCGUUGCAGGGGAAUUCUGCUUUGUACCCAGGAGAAAGGCAUGCUGCACAGAGAAGUCCCAAAAAAUCUGAGCAGACAGGCCUUGCUGGGUCUCCUCUCACCAUACCCCUUUGUCUAAUGCCAUUUCUGGGUAAUUCUCCAUUCUUCACUGAACAUAAGCAUACUAUGAGACAGUUUCCCUUUGUGUCUUCACUUUUGAAGUCUGUGCUGUGUAAAACCUCCAUUACAUAAAUUUAGUUGGACAUUUCAGUCUCUGUGUAUCCCAGGAUAGUCUUAAUCCUCCUGACUCAUGGUCCUUAGUCUGGGAUUGCAGGUGUAAGAUCACAGAUUACAAGCCCAUUUUAAUCUGACUUUGGUUGUAAGAAUGUCAGUUACGAGUUUGUGAUGGAUGGUGAUGGGUAUCAUAUCGUUGAACCUCUACAGUUAGAACUGACCAGACUGUGGCUUAUACUUGGCUAGAGUCAGUCACUAAGGCUUUUUUUCUCAACCCUAUUCAUUUAUGUAAUCUUUUGGGUGACCCAAGACAUAUAGUGUAUCUAAGCUGGAGAGAUGGUUCAGUCAGUAAGAGUACUUGCUGCUUUUAUAGAGGAUGGGAACUCUAUUUCAGUACCCACAUUGGAUAUCUCACAAUUACCUGUAACUACAGCUUGAGGGGAUCUGACACCCUCUGACCUCCAUAGGCUGUUGCACAUACAUGUGCACACACACAUGCACACGCACACACCACACACACACACCCCACACACAUUUCCAAGUUGUUGGGCUGGGGUGUGGCUUAGUGGCAGGCCACUUGUCUAGCAUGCUUGAGGCUUUGGGUUUUAUCCUUAACACUGCAGUCAUCCAACCAACUAAUCUGUCAACCAGCUAAUGGUUGUGGUGGUGAACACUUAUUCCAACACUCAGAUGUCUGAGAUAGGAGGAUUUUGAGCUUGAGGCUUGAACUACACAGCAAGACCCUAUCUCGGAAACACAGAAACAGGGUUGUGGAUUUAGCUCAGUUAGUGUGCACAGGGCCCUGGGCUCAUCCCCAGCACCAGCAUAAACUGGGCUUGGUGGUACAUACUUGUAAUCCAAGUACUUGGGUGGGGGAAGCAAGAGAAUCAGAUGUUCAAGGUCACCCUUGACUGAACAAGUGAGUUUAGGGCCAGCUCCAGCUACACGAAACCCUGUCUCAAGCAACUCUUAGUUCAUUAGGUUUAGAUGGCUCUGGUACUCUGGGGUCCAACAUGGGCAAAUCGAAGUACAAUAUAAAUAGUAAAAAACAAAAAUUUCACAAUAAGAAAUCAGGAAUAAACCUUUAAGUAGCGACUUUCCACUUUAACACUCACUAUGUAUUCCACGCUGGUCUCCAACUGGCGAUCUUCCUACCCCAAUGUGUACCAGAUAAUCACAUUCACCAAUUUCGGAGACAGGGCAUUGAAGGCAUUAGGUAGGAACCAGAGUCAGCCUCCAUUAAAUAACAGACAAAGGAGUACUUAUUCUAACCCACAGCUGAGCUAUUCCCCACGAAGCCCAAAAUAGGACAACACAAACCAAUGGGAAGAAAUAGCAAUAUAUGAAGCCAGAGGCUAAACCUGGAAAAUAUCAGAGGAUGCCCCGCCCAGCCCGCCUCCACACAAAGCCCUGCCUUUGGCCUUUAGCAGAACAUUCCAAACUUCUUAGGCUUCCGCCCAGUGUGGGGCUCAGCAGCGUUUUGAAGUCUUAGGUUAUGCCUUAUCCCUUUAACCCCCUACCUCCACCAGCACACAACCUUUCUCUGAUCACUCGAAGCACGGAUGAAAAUCUCAGUGGUUCGCCCUUUGCUGUGGGAGAGCAUAGGCCUGAAAGAGGCCCACCAGGGAAAUGGGCAAAUGUAGAGCUCAAACUCAUGGGAGAAAAUGGGGCUUGAGGGGGUACCUCUGGGCCAGCCUGCUUCCCCCGUAGAUCCCUGGGCGGAGCCCUCAAAAAAGCCCCCUUCGGACAUCCCGCCCCCUGCUCGGCCUCCUCCUUCUCCCACCAGGGGAGAUGCCAACUCCGCCCGGCUGAGUCACGGCCUGAGCUGGGGAGGAGGCGGAGAAAGGCGGCCCUAGCCCAGAUCGCAGCCGUCGGCCGCAGGGAGAGCAAACAGGGUUGUCAGAGAUCAUGGGGGAGAGCGCGCUGCAGUCGGGGCCUGUGCCCGGGGUGCCGGCCGGGGGUCCGGUGCACGCCGUCACCGUGGUGACCUUGCUGGAAAAACUGGCCACCAUGCUGGAGGCGUUGCGGGAGCGUCAGGGUGGCCUGGCUGAGAGGCAGGGCGGCCUGGCGGGCUCGGUGCGCCGCAUCCAGAGCGGCCUGGGCGCGUUGAGUCGCAGCCACGACACCACCAGCAACACACUGGCGCAGCUGCUGGCCAAGGCGGAGCGCGUGGGCUCUCACGCGGAUGCAGCCCAGGAGCGGGCGCUGCGCCGUGCAGCUCAGGUGCAGCGGCUGGAGGCCAACCACGGGCUGCUGGUGGCGCGCGGGAAGCUGCACGUCCUGCUCUUCAAGGAGGAGACUGAAAUCCCAGCCCGCGCCUUCCAGAAAGCACCAGAGCUCUUGGGCCCCGAGGACCAGUCCGUGCUGGGCCCAGAGCAACCAGAGGAUCAAAUUGGAGAGAGUUCCGACGAGGAGCCGGUGGAGUCCCGGGCUCAGCGGCUGCGACGCACAGGCUUGCAGAAGGUACAAAGCCUAAGAAGGGCUCUUUCCAGUCGUAAAGGCCCUGAAGCUGCACAACCCACACCAGUCAAGCCGCCACGGCUGGGGCCUGUCCGGAGCUCGGAAGGCCCACCAGCUGGCCAGCCUGCAGCUCAGCCAGCUGCGCUCGAGUCCUCACUGGAGUCUGCCCUGGAGCCAGAACCUCCUCAGGCUACCGAGGAAGAUCCUGGGAGGCCUGUGCUUCAAAUAGAGAGUGCAGCCUGAUCACUGGAGCUGCCUGUCCCACUCGGUGCUUAUGCCUUGUCCCAAAAAUAAAUCCUUAAAGCGUGCAGCACUUACACCCAAAUAAGGAGAAAAUUCUGCAUCCACCGCCCAGUUGCGAUCCCCCCUUCCCGGCCUUUCAGUCUGGAACCCUGUGUCCUCUGAAAGAGGAGCAUUCAGCCUAAUGUAGGCUCACCAGCAAUAAAAGUAAUUUCAUCUAA